AUGGGACGCCGCAGCUUCUCGAGCACGUGGCUCGUCCUCUUCGUGGGCUUUCUCGCCGUUUCCCUGGCCCCGUCGUGCGCGGCGGCGGAGAUCAAGACCAGGGCGACGGAGUGGAGCUUCCGCCUCCUUCUUCCCAGCGGCGUCACCGGCGCCGAGAGCCUGGCCUUCGACGCGCGCGGCCAAGGGCCCUACGCCGGCGUCUCGGACGGCCGGGUCCUCAAGUGGGGCGGCAGCGCCGUCGGCUGGACCACCUUCGCCCACCACGCCAACUACAGGAAGCUCCCGCUGUGCACCACGCCCGUUGCGCCGUCGGAGGAGACCGAGAGCCUGUGCGGCCGACCGCUGGGCCUUGCCUUCCACCGCAAGUCCGGCGACCUCUACAUCGCCGACGCGUACAAGGGGCUCAUGAGGGUUGGCCCCGACGGUGGCGAGGCCGAGGUGCUCGCUACAGGAGUCGACGGCGUUCCGUUCAACUUCGUCAACGGCAUCGACGUGGACCAGGCUACCGGUGACAUUUACUUCACCGACAGCAGCCUCACAUAUCCUCGAAGGUUUAACACUGAGAUCAUGAUGAACGCAGAUGCCACCGGGAGGCUACUCAAGUACGACGCUGGGACGAAGCAGGUCACCGUGCUCAAGGACGGCCUGCCAUACCCCAACGGCGUCGCGGUGAGCCACGACAGGACAUAUAUCGUCGUGGCGCACACCGUGCCAUGCCAAGCACAUAGGUACUACCUCGAGGGUCCGAAGGCUGGCCAAUAUGAGCUGAUGGCCGAUCUACCCGGAUACCCAGACAACGUGAGGCGUGACGGGAAGGGUGGAUUCUGGGUGGCCCUGAACCAGGAGAAGGCGCGGCCGAACGCGACCGCAACUCCAAUGAAGCACUUAGUGGGAGUCCGGCUUGACGGACACGGUGUGGAAGUGGAGGAGCUCACGGCGGCCAAGGGCGUGACGCUGAGCGAAGUGACCCAGAGAAACGGAAACCUGUGGCUGGGAUCCGUUGAACUACGUCGGUCUGGUUGCAUAGUUUCCUUACAUUAUUACUAUGUUAUUAUUAGUAGGAGGAUUAGUACGUAG